UAAAUAAGAAGUCCAAAUCUCUUGAACAACACUCAUCAUCAUUGUGCUGCUUUAAUUUAAUUUCAUCCUCUCUUCAUAUAUAUACACAUCAAAAGACAAGAAGAUCAUAUAGUCUCUGCUUCAUUGGCUUCUCUUCACUAAUAUUAAUCAAAAAUCAUCUAAAUGGGGGGUUCCUCACCUUGUGCUUCCUGCAAAUUGUUGAGACGCCGCUGCACCCAGGAAUGCAUCUUUGCACCUUACUUUCCUUCUGAUGACCCUCGCAAGUUUGCCAUUGUGCAUAAGGUCUUUGGUGCUAGCAAUAUCAGCAAAAUGCUGCAGGAGCUUCCAGUUCAUCAAAGAGCAGAUGCUGUGAGCAGUUUAGUAUUCGAGGCAAAUGCAAGAGUGAGAGACCCUGUUUAUGGUUGUGUUGGAGCCAUAUCAUACCUUCAAGACCAGGUUUCACAGUUGCAAAUGCAGCUCGCGGUGGCUCAGACAGAGAUCCUCUGCAUCCAGAUGCAGCAAGACCCUGCUGCGUCCUUACCCGUUCAUCAGGUUGAUCAUCAAGAUGUGAAAUCGUUGCUCCUAUCUGACCACAACAACUACCAAAUCCUUCCCCAGCAGUAUCUAAGCUUUCCUUCAUCUUCUUCCUCAUCUUCCAGUGUAUUCCAAGAUUCUUAUGACUCUCUUAAAAGAGAGUCUUUUUGGACUUAACUUUAACAAUCUUCUUCUCUGAAAUUUCCGAAAAUUUUCAGCAAUUAUUUCUAAUUAAAUAUAAAAUUAUUUUUAA